UCAAAUCAUUAGCUUUGCCUAUGUCAAUUAAUGAGGUGCCUGUAUUGAGUACAUGUGAAGAUCAAUUCAUAAGCCCAAUAGAAAAUGAAGCUGCUGAAAAGUCAUUGUCAGAUAAAAAUAAUUUAAAAGAUAAUACAGAUAAUACUUCCAUGAUAAUUGACCUUACAAUUGAUGAUUCGUCUAAUAGUCCAUUGUCCAUUACUUUGGAACCAAUUGAAAAAAGAAAAAACUGCAAUGCUGAAGAAUUUUCAAGGGAUGAAGACGGGAUUAUUUUUAAAUUGUCUAAGGAAGUUUUACUUCCUAGUUUAUAUUGGAAGAGUGAACAUCUUAAUUCACAAAAUGCAACACUGUUUUAUGAACAAGACGCUAAUGAUGUAACUGUCAAGAAAGUCUAUUUUGAUAAUAACCUUGUGCCAUCUAUAGAAAUAUAUGGCAAGAAAUAUGAAUAUACAACCCCUAUCACAACAAUGAAAGAGUUGGGCAAUCUCUUAGAAAAAAUCUAUGGAAUUGAAAAAUGUUAUGGUAGGGGUGGAUUUGUGUUUGAGCAAUGUUUAGGGUAUUUUGAAAAUAGUUUAGUUCAAAUGUGUUCUGGCUGUCAAGGGUUGCUAAAAGAUCGAGAUUUUCAAAGAAUGAAAGCAAAAAUUGAAGCUCAAAACAAAAUUUUUGAAAGUUUUAAAAACCAAAUUGCUGAAAAAAGAGAGGUUGUAUUACAACUAAGAAGAGAAAUUGCAGACAUACAAAGAAUUCGUGAACUCAAUGUCACGUUAAAACAAUCAGGAAUUUCUAAAUUAAGCCAUAAAUAAUAUGCAUUGUAUUUGCCAAUUUAAGUCUAUUUAUUGGAUUAUAUAUUAUAGAUUUGAGUUUGUUAAAUCGGUAAAUCUGGGUAUAGCAUUAUUAAAAAAAAAAAUUAUUAUCUUUUAGGUAUUAUAAAAAAUAAUUGUUAGUUAAUAA